AUGAUGCCCCAGUAUGACCUGUCCAGGAUGCCAGAAAACACAGCCCUGAAGCAACAAACAUUGCCUGCCCACCAGCUAGAUUUAUCUGCCUCGGUGGUCCUCUCUAUCUUUUUUGCCACAGGAGGAUUCUGCCUCUGUAUGGGCAUCAUCCUUCUACUGUCUGCAAAGAGCACCAAGGAAAUCGAGAUUAAUUACACAAAUAUAUGCGCAAACUGUGCUCAGCUACGGGAAGAUAGCUCAAAUUUUGACAAAGAAUGCACUUGCUCUGUUCCCUUUUACCUUCCAGAGAAAAUGGAGGGUGACGUUUACAUGUACUACAAACUGUAUGGUUUCUAUCAGAACCUCUAUCGAUAUAUUCUGUCGAGAAGCAACAGUCAACUGGUGGGGAAGGAUAUUUGGGAUGUUAAGAACUGUUCUCCGUUCCAACUGUCCCACAACAGCACCCCCAUCAUUCCUUGUGGUGCAAUUGCCAACAGCAUAUUCAAUGAUACCAUCACUCUUUCAUACAACCUUAAUUCAUCUAUAAAUAUAGAAGUCCCAAUGCUAAAGAGUGGGCUUACAUGGUGGACAGAUAAGUAUGUCAAAUUUCGGAAUCCAAGAGCCAGUGAUCUUGCUAGUGCAUUUGCAGGAAGUGCAAAGCCUCCACACUGGGCCAAACCUAUCUAUGAACUAGAUACAGAUGACCCAGGAAACAAUGGCUUCAUCAAUGAGGACCUCAUUGUAUGGAUGCGCACAGCUGCUUUUCCCACUUUCAAAAAACUGUACCGCCGACUCAAUCGUGUGCACAAUUUUGUUGAAGGUUUACCUGCUGGUAACUACAGUUUCAACAUCUCCUACAAUUUUCCAGUUACCAUGUUCCAGGGAGAAAAAUCUGUUGUUCUUUCCACCCUGACAUGGAUUGGAGGAGGUGGCCUUUUCUUGGGGCUCACUUACACAGUGACAGGAGCAUUGACAUUGUUGGCCUCUUUCGCCAUCCUGGCAAUUUACUUGAUGCUGAAAAGGAAUAAAAAAAGUUUCCUGUAG